GCGCCGGGAUGACCAUUGCAAUGGGGACCUUUGGUGCGUAUUUUUAUAUAAUUGAAAACAAUUUGAUGAAUGCUGAUUCUUUGACUUCGAUACCAAUGGGAUGUAUAGCCGCUUUUAUUUUUACAAACUCUAUUGGUUUCGGUGGCGCUAUAUGGGUGGUUAUAAGCGAAAUCUUUCCUGGACAUCUUCGGGCUCAUGCAUCCGCUAUCUGCACGUCCAUCUGUUUCGUCACCGCCUUCGUGAUCGCUCUCACUUUUGAUGACUUGCAAGCUCUCUUGAAAAAUUCAGGAACUUUUGGACUAUAUGCAUUUUUCUGCGCUCUUUCCGUCAUAUUUGUGGCAGUUUUCUUACCGGAGACCAGAGGUUUGUCGUUUGAAGAAAUUCAAAAGAAGCUUAAAACAAAAUUCAAGUCGAACGUUGUUGAUGUUGGACACGACAAUCCUGCCAUGGAGCGACAUUAGAAAAUAUAUUAAAAUAAUUUAGAUAUAUUAUUUAAUUACUUUUUUAAUUUUCUUGUUAAUACACUAUGUUCUGUAGA